CGUCUAUUCUCAGGUCGCCGAAGAGUGAAACAAACAUGGCGACAGAAUGGAGCGGGCAGCAGGGAUAUGUUCUAACUUUAAUAGUUUUUCUGUGGGGCGCCGUCGGAGGACGGACCGAGACAGCUACAUCAGGUGUCAGCAACAGUGGAAGCCAAGUGCUUGGUAUGCGGCUAGAGAGAAGCGACAAACCCGCCUCGACAACCGAUGACGGUGUCAUACAGGUAACUGAGGAGAGCACCAUUCUACUCCGGUUUUACGGGGUGCAGCUCCACUCAGGUACUUGGACGCAGAUCCGCUUUACGGAACGAGGUGAUGGCGAGGACGAGGAUAGCGUUGAUGACAAUAUUGACACACCUAACAGGACUUGUGUAGAUUUUACCAAAGACUUCAGUAUCGGGACUUACAUGAACGUCAGUAGCAGAGGAACGACCGGUGUUCUUAGCAUAAACAUUAAGCCGCUUCGGAAGAGCGAACCGCAAAAGGAAUAUGGGUUGUGCGUCAGGAGUGCCAACGGCGGCAGGUGGGCACUUCUUGGAGAGAACGAUGGUAAACUCUUGGUGGUCGAGGAAAAGAAAUCCCUUCUCCCCUUGUGGCUGCAGGUCAUCGUUAUCUGCUGCUUGUUGGUGCUCUCCGGUAUGUUCAGCGGGCUGAACCUAGGGCUGAUGGCUUUGGAUCCUAUGGAACUCCGCAUCGUCCAGAGCUGUGGCACUGAGAAAGAAAAAAAAUACGCACGUAAAAUCGAGCCCAUUCGUAGCAAGGGAAACUAUCUGCUUUGCUCGCUACUUCUCGGCAACGUUCUUGUCAACACGACCCUCACUAUCCUCCUCGAUGAUCUUAUAGGCUCAGGGUUGGGGGCAGUGGUAGCUUCCACUGUUGGUAUUGUGAUAUUCGGUGAGAUCGUUCCCCAGGCCCUGUGCUCUCGCCACGGACUGGCAGUGGGGGCCAACACUAUAACGGUAACAAAAUUCUUCAUGCUCCUGACUUUCCCACUGUCUUUCCCUGUCAGUAAACUGUUGGAUGUUUUACUGGGUCAGGAGAUAGGCACUGUGUACAACAGAGAGAAGCUGGUUGAGAUGUUAAAAGUCACCGAACCAUACAACGACUUGGUGAAAGAGGAGAUGAACAUGAUUCAAGGAGCUCUCGAGCUCCGGAACAAAACUGUGGAGGACGUGAUGACACCCUUGUCCAACUGCUUCAUGAUCCAAGCAGAUGCCGUGUUGGACUUCAACACCAUGUCAGAGAUCAUGGAGAGCGGAUACACCAGAAUCCCUGUGUUUGACGAUGAGCGUUCCAACAUCGUAGACAUCCUGUAUGUGAAGGACCUGGCCUUUGUGGACCCGGAUGAUUGUUCCACCCUGAAGACCAUCACCAAGUUCUACAACCAUCCAGUGCAUUUUGUGUUUCAUGACACCAAGCUUGACGCUAUGCUGGAGGAGUUUAAGAAAGGCAAGUCUCACCUGGCCAUCGUUCAGAAGGUGAACAACGAGGGGGAGGGAGAUCCCUUCUACGAGGUGCUGGGAUUGGUCACCUUAGAAGAUGUCAUAGAGGAGAUCAUCAAAUCAGAGAUCCUGGAUGAGUCUGACCUUUACACUGACAACAGAAACCGGAAAAAAGUGGACCCCAACAAGAAUAAGCGGGACUUCUCCGCCUUUAAACAGGAGGGUGAGAGCAAGGUGAAGAUUAGCCCUCAGCUGAUGCUUGCGGCUCACCGCUUCCUGGCCACAGAGGUGUGCCUGUUUAGCCCCAUGCAGAUCUCCGAGAAGGUCCUGCUUAGGAUUCUCCGGCACCCAGACGUCAUCCAGGAGAUCAAGUUCAACGACAGCGACAAGCGCUCGCCACAACACUACGUCUACCAGAGGGGCAAACCCGUAGACUACUUUAUACUCAUCCUACAGGGACGAGUGGAGGUGGAGGCGGGCAAUGAAAAUAUGAUGUUCGAGACGGGUCCAUUCUCUUUCUAUGGAGUAAUGGCUCUUAGCACUCAGUCCCUGGCCGUCACCCCCCCUCUCUCCCCAUCAGUGGCGUCACCCCCUCCGCGACGCCUUUCUCUUAAGAGGUUUUCUCUGUUCAGUCGCUUCCCAGAGUUCCGUUCUCCGUCACAUGGGGGUGGUCUGAACCGCUCUGCAUCUCUAAGUUGCACCGAGCGCCCUCCGGAAGGCGGGUCUGUGACAGGUAGCAACACGCAGCUUCCAGGCACUCCUUUCCAGUACACUCCGGACUUCUGCGUGCGUGCUCUCACAGACCUUCAGUUCGUCAAGAUCACACGUUCUCAGUACCAGAAUGGUCUCCUGGCCUCCAGGCUGGACAGCACUCCCCAGUCUCCAGAGGGAAGCCACACACGUCUCGACACCACCGGCCCCCUGCCUCCCAUCACCCCCCCAGCCACCCGCACCCCCCUACCCCUGGCCAUCCCACCCCUAAAACGCCUCCCGUCGCUCUCUCAGCCAACGCCACCAACUGGUCGUACCCAGCUAUCCCAAACCAACGCCCCCUCCUCAGGCACGAGAUCAACCCAGUCUCUACCCCAACCAACCCCUCCUCCUUGUAACCGCACCCCCUUACCCCAAACGUCCCCCUCCUCCCUGGGCACAGGCACAGGUGCGGGCACAACUCUCCCCUGCUCUCUCCCACCUAAACCACAGCCCUCCCCACCGUUUGCUCGUCCAGAGAACGGCCCGGGAGAGACGGCCUCUCUGCUCAGCGAGCAGAAGAACUGCGUGGGAGGCACCCGCAGGCCAAGUCACCCACAUACACACAGUCACACGCACUCUCAUGCCCACUCUCACCCGCACGUGCACACGAUCAGUCAUGCACACACAGAGAGUACCAUUUGAUAGCCUCUGGGAGUUUGUUGAAAAAACUUGCGCACACGGCAGACACACUCAAACACACCCUAGUUCUCCCGUGCUUGUUGAUGCUUGUCGUUGCCCGGUGUCUCUACAACUUAACAUGAGGUAUUCUAGGGAAGGGACUUCCUGCAUUCUCCUCUCUUCGUGGUAUUUUCCCUUUCUCCUAACUUAAUAUGGCUUACUCUCUACUCAAAGGGCAAGAGAAUUAAGACAAUAAUGCUAUUUUUGACCAAAAAUUGUAUUGUUUUGAGGGAGCGAGUUUGUGAGUUGAUCAAUGCUGUAAGACUGAGAUAAUGUCUAUCAGGAAGAGUGAGGAAGGUGGUGGAGGAGGUUUGUCAUGUAUUUACACAACCACAGUCUGCAUGAUUAGAGUCUGUGAUUAUUCCCAGAAGUCCCUUGUUGUAGGCAGAUGGUGGAUGAAAAUAGCACUUUGCUAUUUAUUGUUUCGGUGCACUGUAAAACCCCACUCCAUCCUCUCACUCUUUCUCUAGUUAUAUAUCUCACAAAGACACUCACACAUCUUCAUCACCCUCACUCCUCUUGUGUAUGACCUGUGUAAAGGCAACACCCAAAAAAUUACCGGCCUGACACAAGCAAACAGUUAGUUGGAGGAUGUUUGAUUUGUGUCUUUGUGCUCAUGUUCAUUUGUUUUCCAAAGAUUGCGCAAAAAAAGAAAGAAAUAUAGAUACACACACAGUGUAUAUAUAUAUAUAUUUAUUUAUUACAGAUAUAUAGUCAACCGAGUCACAGGGGUCGUCUUCCUUCCUCAUACAAUUCAGUGCAGCACAACCUUGAAAUGUGUCAAAGUUGUAAACGGGAUAUUCCCAAUGUGGAUCAGACCAAAUUCGCCCAGGUUCGAAAAUAAUUUUCCUGACACAGGCAUUUGUGAAGUGAACACUAAAGGGCUUGCAAGUUAAAACACGUAGCUGUGUUUGUGCUGUACUUGGAGGGGCCAAGGCUCAGACUAAAGGGGAGUUGCAGUACAAAAGCAAGGGAUCAUUCCCUCACACUUCUCCCAGUCAGAGAAUAUAUUAUGACUUAUUGAAAUAGUGGAGAGCAAUAUAUUUAUUUUGCAUACAAUUAAUUUCUACCUGUUUGAGAUUUAUUUGAUGUACUGUUUUAUAUUUUCUCUUAUGUUUAUUUUUUCCUUUUAAGAUUUUUUAUUUUGGACAUUUCUUGGUUCUUGAGAACAUCAGUGUCCUGUGAUAAGCUGCAUUCUUCAGAUGACACCGACUGUACAAAGACUGACCCACUUUCACUACACAAGUACAAACACACUGUGAAGUAGAGCUCAGUAGAAUACUGUGUCCUUUUCCGCCACAUCUUUCUUUCUGACACACCAGGAGAAGUUAUUUUAUUGCUGUUACUAUUUAGUUUUACUUUGUGAGUGGCUGCGUUGGUGUGAUAUCAAUCUAGUGAUAUUAAAACUGAGUUAAGAAUUCCACAUGUGAUGUCACAUUUCUUUGGAUGUCAAAUAGCUAUUCAUCCUGACAUCGCAAGAGUAGAAUGUGUAGUUCGGUGGACAAAAAAAACAUUCCUCCUAAUUUAAUAAUGCUGUGUACUUUAAAAGGCAUUCCAACCAGGGAUACAUACUGUACAUGACUCUUCAGAUACAAUGUGAAAUAUAUUUUAUUGUGUGUGUGUGUGUAAUUAUACUGUACCCUGACACGCCAUGGAGUAGAUGUGGAGUGUCCUCCAGAAUGAGACUGACUUGAAGGAAAUGUGUGACCUGGGUUCUUUUAAUACAAGGAUACCAUGAAGUGUGAUUUAACACCAUCAAGACAACUAUGGGUUGUCACUGAAGGGGAGCUCAGACAUGGACUGCUGCUAGCAUGUUAUUUACUUAUCCCCUAUGUAUGCAAUGACUGAAGUAAUUUAAACAAUUGUGAUUAUUAUUUUAUUGUUGGUAGCAAGUGUUUUAUUGACUGAAAACAAAAACCUGUUUGUAUAAGCUACCACUGCGUUGAAAACACAAACCAGUGAGUGUGAGAUAUGCACAAAGUGCAGGUGAACAUUGAAUACUGUAUAUGAUAUUGAUUCCAAAGCAUUUCUCUUCCACAGGAAAACUGUUAUUUCUGAAUGAGAGUAUAAUCUCUAUUUUAGCACCAUAGAAUUUAGAUUUUGUAAAAACAGACGAUGUCCCUUCGUCCACAGUUUUGAGAGGUUCUGUCUGAUUUUGUGAUGUAAAUUCUAUAGUCCACACAGCCUUACACACAAAGUAAUCCUAGACCUGCCUGCUGGUUCAUAUAGGUCACAUGUAGCAAACAGUCAUAUGUUGGUUUUCGAUUUAGCCACUGGUUGGCUUUCUAUGUUUUAGACUGUGUACUGAAACAAUGUGAAAGCGUUGUUCAAACCUGAAAUGUUGUAUUUAUUGAGUGAUAUUCUAUUUAUUCUAUUAUUCUAUCAUAAUCUAGGAAGGCACCUUGACGUGUUGUCACAUGAAAUGGUCUUCCAUUUAUGAGAAACGCAUCUUUCUGUGGAAGAAUCUGUUGUUUCGAUUUCCUAAAACCUGCCUGUAUUAUGUUACUGUAAAUAUUCUGUAUAUGAAGAAUUGGGCAUUGAUGUGAUUUGUGUUAUGGAGUGAGAAAAAGGAUGGAUAUUGAUCUUAUGCGUAAUGUAGCCUUUGUUAGAAAAAACUAUCAAGAUCUUUUCUUUCAAUAGUUGUAAGACAUUGCAUAGCAAUAAAGCAUUGCUCGGAUUUGACCUC